AUGAAUCUCCUUUCUCAUUUACUAGCAGUUGGGGGGCUUGUGGGGUUGGUGUUUUUCUGUAAGGCAUGGAGAGUUAGAAAGGGAAAGGGGAAGUCAGCCCCAGAACCACCUGGUGCCUGGCCAAUAGUAGGUCACCUGCGUCUAUUAUGUGGCAAAAAGCCAUUUUGUCGAGUCCUUGGAGCCAUGGCUGAUAAGCACGGUCCGGUCUUCAUGAUCCGCUUUGGAGUGCACCCGACGCUUGUGGUGAGUAGCCGUGAGGCUGUUAAAGAAUGCUUCACUACCAACGACAAGGCUUUCGCCUCACGCCCCAGAUACAGCUCGGGAAAGCUUUUAGGAUACAAUAAUGCUGGAUUUGGAUUUGCACCUUAUGGGCCUUUUUGGCGUGAGAUGCGCAAACUAUCCGUCAUAGGACUUCUCUCCUAUCGUCGCCUUGAUGAGUUGAAGCAUGUGCUGCUUUCUGAAUUGGAUUUUUUCCUAAGGAUGGUUGCUGGGAAGAGAUAUUUUGUUAAUGGGGUCCAAGCAAAUGAAGAAGCAAGACAUGUCAUAGCAGGUUUUAGGCAAUUCGUACAUCUCCUUGAGGCCUGUGUUCCAUCUGAUGUCCUUCCAUUUUUAGAGUGGAUCGAUUUGGACGGCUAUUUGAAGUCUAUGAAGCGUGUAGCCGAGCAGUUGGACACUAGUGUACAAGGUUGGGUAGAAGAACAUGUUAUGAAACUCAAGAGUGACCCCAGCAGCAGGCAGGACUUCAUUGAUGUGAUGCUGUCUAUUCUCAAAGACGAUUCCGUGUUUGGCCAUACACGGGAAACUGUUAUCAAGGCAACAAACUGCAGUCUCAUUGUGGGAGGGUCGGCGACUACCUUUGCUGCCUCUGCAUGUCUCUUGUUUUUAUUAUUGAACCAUAGACAUGCUUUGGAGCGUGUUCAAGAAGAGCUAGAUGUAAACGUUGGUAGAGAGAGAUGGGUAGAAGAAUCUGAUAUUGAAAACCUAGUUUACCUUCAAGCCGUUGUGAAGAAGACCCUCAGGCUUGCUCCAGCCGCUCCCCUAUUAGUAGCGCAUGAAGCCAUUGAAGACUGUAAUGUUUGUGGAUACAACAUUCCAAAAGGAACCCGCUUGUUCGUGAAUGUGUGGAAGUUGCAUCGAGAUCCAAGAACCUGGUCAGAUCCUGAAAAGUUCCAACCAGAGAGGUUUUUAACAAGCAAUGCAGAUAUAAGUGUGUUUGGUCGGCAUUUUGAGUUAAUCCCAUUUGGUUCAGGGAGAAGAUGUUGUCCAGGAAUCGCUCUGGCCUUACAAAUGUUACACUUGAUGGUUGCUCGGCUACUCCAAGGAUUUGACAUCACUCCUGUGGGCAUGACCCCACGCAUGGGUUUUUUCUCGCCCGAGGAAACUCCACAAAAAGUAAUGCUCAAACCGCGCCUUCCUUCUCAACUCUACUAG